AGAAAGUCUUUGGCUUUAUUAUUUCAAAUUAAAUUAAAAGGAUCACACUACUAAUAAAAGCUUAAAAAAGGAAAAACAAGAUCCCACACACUACUAAAGCUAGGCUUACCAUUUUGUUACAAAAGGGCUCUCUGUUCACACCACUACUACUAUCGAUCAGUCUCUUCUUCCAGUUCCAAUGGCUACUCUUUCUCUUCACUGCUACUACUUCUUCCUGCUCACUCUCCUCCCGGUGAUCUUUGAUCUCCGGCAUCACUUGGCGGUGGCUGAAGGAUGUCAAUCUCCUCCCGUGAUCUUUAACUUUGGAGAUUCAAACUCCGACACGGGUGGACUCACCGCCGGACUCGGCUACUACAUUGGUCUUCCCAACGGUCGCUCGUUUUUCCGGCGAUCCACCGGCCGACUGUCCGAUGGACGUCUCGUCAUCGAUUUCCUCUGCGAGAGUCUGAAUACAAGUCUACUGAACCCAUAUUUAGACUCAUUGGUUGGAUCAAAGUUCCAAAACGGUGCUAAUUUCGCCAUCGUUGGAUCUUCUACUCUUCCCAGAUAUGUUCCUUUCGCACUCAACAUUCAGCUCAUGCAGUUCCAACAUUUCAAAUCCCGAGCACUCGAGCUUGCUUCUACUUCAGAUCCUUUGAAAGAGAUGAUGAUAAGUGAGAGUGGAUUCAGAAACGCUUUGUACAUGAUCGAUAUCGGGCAGAAUGAUAUUGCGGAUUCAUUUUCCAAAGGCCUUUCUUACUCCCGGGUUUCCAAGCUUGUUAUUCCCAACGUUAUUUCCGAGAUCAAAAGUGCCAUAAAGAUAUUGUAUAAUGAAGGAGGGAGAAAAUUUUGGGUUCACAAUACAGGACCUUUAGGUUGUUUGCCUCAGAAACUUUCAAUGGUUCAGAGCAAAGUUUUCGAUAAGUACGGUUGUCUUGCGAGUUAUAACGCCGCUGCAAAACUGUUCAACGAAGGAUUGGAUCAUAUGUGUCGGGAGCUGAGGACAGAGCUGAGAGAGGCCAAUAUUGUCCAUGUUGACAUUUCUGCCAUCAAGUACGAUCUCAUAGCAAACUCCAGCAAUUAUGGCUUUGAAAAACCGUUAAUGGCGUGUUGCGGAUAUGGAGGGCCUCCUUAUAACUACAAUGUGAACAUAACGUGUGGCAACGGUGGCUCUAAAAGUUGCGAAGAAGGGUCUAGGUUUAUAAGCUGGGAUGGAAUACACUACACCGAGACGGCUAACGCCAUUGUAGCCAUGAAAUUAUUGUCCAUGCAAUACUCUACGCCACCAACUCCCUUCCACUUCUUCUGCGACAGGUGACAUCAUUCAUGUUAUGUGCUUGUUUUAUUCAAGUUUGAAAAAAUUUCUUUUUGUUUCGGUUUUGUUUUUUAAGCUGGUAAAUGAAGCCUUUGGCUUUGGUUGGAUUGGUUGCAGAAUAAAGUUGAACUCUCAAAGGUUUCCGAA